AUGUUUGAAAGGCGUAAUGUAUAUAAUAGUAAAGAGAAAGGAUGCCAUUUGAAUAAAAGACUUGUAAGAAAAAAGAAAAAUAAAAAAAGAGGAAAGUAUCUUAAAACACCUUUGAAUAUAUUUGAAAGAAAUAAUAAGAAUAUAAACUUAUUAAUUACAGAUGAUAUAUCUAGAUUAAUAUAUAAUAAUGAAAGAAAAGAAAAAGAAGAUACAUUAAAAGAGGAUUAUAAGAAUAUUAUAAGAAGUAAUAAUUAUGUAGUUCGAUUACAUAAUUUAUAUAAUGAAUUUAAAUUUGAUGAUUGUUUAAAUUAUGGUCUAGAAAAUUUAUUAAAAUUAAGAAAAAAUGAUUAUAUGUCAAAAGUGGAAUUUUUAAGAAUUAUAGGGAAUAUAUAUUUUCAUUUAGAGAAAUAUAAAUAUAGUGGUAUAACAUAUAUGUUAUUAUGUAAUAUAUUAAAUAAAAUUAAUUAUGAUGAAUAUAAAGUUGAAGUUUGUUAUAAUGCUGGUGUUGUAUUUAUAAAAUGUUUUUUACAAUAUAAUGAUAUAAAUUUUUAUAUUAAUGCAAAAAAUGCUUUACAUUAUUCUUUAAUAUAUAAUGAUAAAAGUAAUAAAUAUUAUAAUGACCAUAUUUAUUAUAAUACUCUACGUAUAUUAAAACAGCAUUUCCCAAAUAAUUUUCUUCAUAAAAUUAAUAAAAAGAAAAAAUUAUCAAAUUAUUGUAAUCAAGAUAUAACUACAAGUGAUCAAAGUUUAACUCUUCAAAGUAGUACCUAUCUAUCUGAUUUUAGUGUUGAUGAAUUGAAAAAAGAAAGAAAAAAAAAUAAAAAAAAUAAAAAAAAUAAGAAAAAUAACAAAAAUAAAUUAUUACCUUUAAAUAACAACCACGAUGAUGAUAAUAUCUCAAUUACUUCUUCAUAUCUUUAUAAAAGUAUGAACAGUGUAGAAGACAGCUUAUCACGAUGUAAAGAUUAUUCUAUAGAUGAUAGAAAAACUAAAAAAAGUGACAAAUUGAAUAUUUCAUUAUAUGAUAAAGAAAAUAAGACGAAUGAAAAAACUGGUACUUUAGAUGAUGAGGAUUCUUCUUUAAUAAUGUUGGAUCCAGCACCUUCCAAAGCUUCUAAUAUUUAUUUAAAUAAUUUUUUAAGUUAUGAUAAUAAUAUGGAAACGACCAAUAAAAAAAAAAAUAAAAAUAAUAAUAAUAAUAAUAAUAAUAAUAAUAAUAAUGAUCUUAUAACAUUUAGAAGUGACGAUCCACUAAGCAAUGUGAGAAACCAUGACACUUAUAUUAAUAAUAUAGAAAAUUCACUCAACACAUGCAAUAUGAACAGUUUUGUUCAAAGUAAUAAUUUAAAAAAUAAUUCAAAUGUCGUGAGUAAUAAAGAUUUACAAAAUUGUGAUAAUAAUAAUUUACACAAUUUAAUAAAUAAUAAUUUCCAAAGUGUAAUAAGUAAAAAUAUAUCAAAGGUAACAACAAUUCCUCAAUUGAAUGCAAAAUGUAGUUCCUUGACAAAUGCUACAAAUAAUAUAUAUGGUAGUGUGUCAAAUAAUUUAUAUAAUAACACCUUAAAUAAUAUAUUUAAACGUAAACAGAAUGUUACCUUUAAUAAUUCUUCAAAUAUAUUUAGAAGUUCUUCAAAUAAUUACUUUAACGAUUCUAUAUACAAACUAAAGUUAACUGAUGAUAAUUCUAUAAAUCAUCAUGUAAGUAAUAAAAAGUUUUUAGAUGUAACAACAAAAUCUGAAUCUAUUAUAAAUAAUGAUAUAAUAUCAAAUGUGGUUAAUAGCCUAACCCUAAGCAGAUUAAAUGAUGUAACUGUAAAUGGUCAUAAUAAUAUAAAACAAAAUAUGUCAGGAGAAAUAUAUAAAAAUGUAUUACCUUUAGAACAAAAUUAUGUACCUAUUUCUGAGCUGAAUAAUUUUAAUAAGCACUUAAUAAUUAAUUCUGUUGGAAAUAGAUAUAAAGAUGUGUUUGCAAGUUUUGAAGAAAAUACAAAUCAAAAUGAGUCUUCUGAUAUUAUACAUAAAUCUAUGAUACAUAUUAAUAAUAAUUUAAGAAAUAAUGUUAUUAAUAAAUCACAAAGUUAUGAUAUGAAUAAUAAUAAAAGUGUAGGGUUGUUUAAUUAUAAUAAAGGAAAUAAUGUAAAAAAUUCUCAACAUGAUACUAGUCAUAUUAUACCUAUUAAAGGUAUGAAUAAAUUAUCAAACACAACCAUGAAUAGAUCAUCAAGUAUGACAAUGAAUAGAUCAUCAAGUAUGACAAUGAAUAGAUCAUCAAGUAUGACAAUGAAUAAAUUAUCAAACAUAACGAUGAAUAAAUUAUCAAACAUAACGAUGAAUAAAUUACCUAAUAGUGUUGUUAAAUUACCACAAAUUAAUUUUAAUAAUAAUCAUAAAUUAAACUCUGUCAAUAUACAACAAAGUGGAUCCAUCAAUGUCACUUCAAGUGAUAUGAUGCAUGUAAAAAAAAAUAUAUUUAAUAAUAUUCCAGAAAAAACUGCUUUACAUUAUGAACAAAAUGUUAUGUUGAAUAGUUAUCAAAAUAUUAACAUGAAUUGUUCAGGUCAAAAUGUGAAUAUUAACUUGUCAUAUCAUAAUGUGAAUGUGAAUAUUCCAGAUGAACAUAUAAAUGUGAAUAUUCCAGAUGAACAUAUAAAUGUGAAUAUUCCAGAUAAACCUAUUAAUAUUUCGAAUAAAGGACAAAAAGGUUUGGAUAAUAUACUAGACAACAAUUUAAAUAACGUUUAUAAUAAUAACGAAAAAAUUGUAACAAAUAAGAGGCUCUCAUUUUCUAAGAGUUAUAUAAAAGGUAUGCAAUUAAAAUCUGAAGAAAGUAUAGAAAAAGAGAGUAAAAUUAAUUAUGGACUAAAUGAAUAUAAUAGUUUUUAUAAGGACCAUUUUAUAGAAACCAUUCCAUCACAUGAUAGUAGUAGAAACAGUCAUGAUUAUGAUAAUAUACAAUUAGUAAAAAAAAAAGAUGUCGAAACUAAAAUGAGUAUGGACCAUAUAAAAGGUGAAAAUGACAAAGAAGAUAAUAAUAAUGAUAUAUCUCUAAAAAUAAAUGACAGUAGUAGUAAUACACACAAAUCUAUGUAUGAUACUAACAAUACAGAUGAUGAAUUUUUAAAUGACUUAUUACAAGAUAAUUAUUUAAAAAAAUUGAAUGACAGAAAUAUUAAAAAAAUGAUGGAAGAAAGAGAAAAGAAUGUAUGUAAAAAUAUAUCCACUAAGAAUAAGAAGAAAAUUAUUUUAAAUAUUUUAAAAAAGGUCUACUCCAAAUAUGAACAUAAUUUAUCAAAUGAAUAUUAUAAAAUAUAUAAGUUGAAAAAUCAAGAAAAGGACAAUAAAUUUGUUCUAAAAAAUAAGAGCAUAGUGACAUUUCUAGAAAAAAUUUUUAGAAUCUGUAAAAGCCUUGAAGAAAAUAUGAAUAACAAGAUACAAUUUAUUGAUGCGAAUACGUAUAAACUAAAAAAAUUAAAAAAAAUAAAAAAUAUAAAAAAUAUAAAAAAUAUACAAAACAAUAUAUACAAUAAUAAAUAUAAAUAUAUCUACAGCUUUGAUAAUAUGCAAAGGAAUCAUGAUGAAUUAUUAUCUAUACAAUCUAAUAGUAUUGAAUAUAUUACAAGGAAACAUCAAAAUGAAGAGGAUCAUUCUUUAAAUGAAUACAACUCAAAAUGUAUUAUUAAUUUUAAUAAUUGUGAUAUGAAUAAUAAUAUAAAGUACACUGAUUUUAAAGAUGAGAAUAUAUUUUUAAAAAGAGGAAGUUAUGAUUUAUCACAUAAACAAAGAUAUAUAAAUGAUAAGGAUAAUUAUAGAGUGAUGUGUGAUAUGAGAAAUGAAAAUAAAAAGAGAAAAUAUAUAAAUGAUGAAAUGAAAGAUGAAAAUUUAAAUUAUAAAAAUUUUAUAAAAUUAUAUAAUGAAAUAAGAAAUGAUAUAAAUGAUAAUAAUGAUAAUAUUGAUACAAUAAAUUAUAGUCAUAUGUCUAAUAAUUGUAAUAAUAGUCAUAAAUGUAAUUAUUAUGAAGAUAAAUUAUAUAAAGAAAAAAAAGAAAUAGAAGAAACUGUACAUAUAAAUAGCAAUAAAUUUAAUAAAAAAUUAAUAAGAGACAAAGUAAAAAAGUUAAGUUCUUAUAAUAAUCCUAUUAUUAACAAUAUAGCUGAUAAAUUCAUAUAUGAUAUAGAGAAAAUAUUUCUAAUGAAAAAAUAUUCAUAUUUAAUAAAAGGAUUAAAGAAAAACGAAAAUAUUAAGCAUAUAUAUUAUUUAUAUCAAAAUAUGUAUGAUAUUACAUAUAAAUUAGAUCAUAUGAAUAGUAGUAAUUUUUUUAAUAUUUCUUCUUAUAUAACAGAUAUAUUAUUAUUAUCAGAAAUAAAGGAGAAGGAUAUAUUAAAAAAAAAAAUAAAUAAAAUUAAAUAUUCCUAUAGAAAUUUUUAUACAACUACAUCUAACAUUAAUAUGAAUAAUAUUGUAAAAAAAAUAAUGGAAAAUAUGGGUUCUGUCUCUGGCAUGAGAAAAUAUGUAUCUAAAGGUGAGGACGAUGUACAUGUUUGUUUAAAUAUGAGAAAGAAGAGAAGAAUUAUAAAAUGUAAAGAUAAAACCAACAAUAACAACAACAACAACAAUAAUAAUAAUAAUAAUAAUAUAAAGGAUAGUUCAACAACUACUGUGAAUAAUAGUGAUAGUAAUUCAAAUAAUAAUAAUAAUUGUUAUAAUUUUAAUUAUUGUUUUUAUAAUAAUAAACGCAUGGGGAAUAAUUUACAAAAUAAUCUUAUUAAGGAUAAAGAUAUUUUAAAAAGUGACAAUAAAAAGAAUAAUAGUUGUGAUUGCAAAGGAAUUAAAAAUAAAGAAGAUGUUAUAAAAAGAGAAAGUAUAAAGAAUAAUAAUAAAUAUGAUAAAAAGAAAGAUGAAGAGAAUGUUGAAAAGAAUAAUGAAGAUGUAGGUCUUUCAAGUCAUUCCACUGUUGUAGGUGGAGAUGUUAAAAAAAAAACAAAGAAAGAGAAUUUAUAUAAUGGAUAUAAUUGUGCGAGAGAAGAAUUAUUAUAUGAAAUGAAAAAAGAUGAAAAUAAAUAUAUAAUAUUUGAAAGAUUAUAUGAUUAUUAUAAUAAUAAUAUAAAUAUAUAUGAUAAUAAUAAAAAGAAAAAAAAAAAGAAUCAGGAUAAAUUUAUUUUAAUGUUGUUUUAUUAUCACAGUAAUAUGUUGAAAGAUAAUAAAUUAUAUAAUAUUAUAUUUGAUGUGAUAACAUUUUUUCUUUAUAAUAAUAUAAUUACAAAAAGGAAUGCUCAUAAGCAUAUAACAUUAUUAAAAAUAUAUGAACUUUUUAUAUUAAACAAGUAUAAAUAUAAAAAGAUAUUAACUUUUUUUUUUCAUGAUGUAGAAGAUAGUAGUAUUGAGAAGAAUAAUAAGAAUGAAGAAAUUGAUUAUAUAAAAAAUAUAUAUGAUUCAGAUAAUUAUUUAGAAUUAAUACAUUGUCAUUUAUUUAUGUUACGUUUAUUAUAUAAAUGUUAUAUGAAUAAAUUAAAAAAUAAAUAUAUAUAUGAAAAGAUAAAUUUACAAUAUAUUAUAAAUUAUACAUUCACUAUAUUAAAUUGUUUAUUAAUAAAAUAUAGUUAUAAUAAAAAUAAUAUUGAAGUAAGAAGGCGUGUAUUAUUUUUAUUUGCUGAAUUUUUAUAUAUUAAUUCUAAAUAUUAUUAUAAAAAUAUAUUACACUUUUUAGAAAAAUAUAAUAUAGAUUAUAUAAUAAAAAAUGAAAAGAAUGUCAUGCAAAUAAAUCAUUCUAAUUAUAAUGAUAAUAUGGAUUAUACGACUAUCAAUAGUUUUGAUGAUAAUACAUCUAUAGAUAUGAGAAAAUUAGACAAUGAAAGACAACCUGAAGAUUUUCAUUCGGAUGCAAUAGAUAAGAGAAGAAAUAAAAAGAAUUAUAGAAUAAAAUAUGAAGAUUUACAAAAUUAUAGAAGUGAUGAUUAUUAUAAUGAGAUAAAUAAUAAUUAUGUAUUAAAUGAUAAUAUACAUAUUUGUCAUCCAUAUGAAAAUAGAGUACAUCAAAGUUAUCCUGUUCAAAAAAAUGUAGAAAAAAACAAAAAUUAUGAUGAUAACAUAUAUAACAAUAUUUCAUACAAAUAUAAUGAUUUUAUUAGAAAUAAAUCGUCAUGUCGUAAUAAUAAUAUAAUAUCUAAUGAUGUAUCAAUGAAUUAUGAAUAUGAUACAUAUGAAGAUGCAUAUAUAAAUGAGUCAAAUAAUAAUACAUAUGAAAAUAUUUAUAAAGGUAGUAGUAUAAUAUCAUAUAAUGUUGAUUAUUUUAAAGAAAUAUAUACAAAAAUAUAUGAGAAUAUUAAUAUAGCUUUUUCGUCUUUUUUAAAAUGUUAUCAUAAAUGCUUUCUAAUCUUGAAUUUAAAAUUAUAUGAAAAUAAUAUGUUUAAAAAAAAUAUUAUAAGAAAAAUUAAAAAAAUAGUUUAUUUUAAUAAUAGUCUUUAUAGUAUGUUAUAUAUGAAGAAAUUACCAUGUAACAAGAUAUACAAUUAUGUAUUAAAUGAAAUAAAUAAUAAUUUAUAUAAUAAAGAUAUUUUUAAUAAUAAAUCUUCUUUUUUUAAAAUUUUAAAAGAAGACAUUAUUAUUUAUCAAGUUUAUAAACAAAAUGAAAACUAUUUUAAAAAUAUAAAUGAUAAUAAUAAGAAUAUAUAUAUGGAUCAAAAAAAUAAUAUCUAUCAAAAGGAAAAAAAUAUAAAUGAGCCCAUAUGUAUAACUACCAAUUUGUAUAAUAUAAAGAAUCCAAAUGAUAUACAUAACAUUUUAAUUACAUUUCAUAAAUAUUUUAAGAAAAAAACUAGUUUUGAAGAUUCAAAAAGACAGAAAUAUAAAAUGAAUAAAAUGGAAAAAAAUUUUAUUAUAUUAAGACAUACUUAUAUAUAUAUAAAAAAUAAAAUAUGUAAUGAAAUUAGAAAUAAUAAUAUUAUAAAUUUAUAUAAGAAAGCAAAAAAAUAUGAUGAAAAUUUUAAUUGCACUAUUGAUUAUUUGAAUUGUUUGUUUGAUUCAAGAUUUUAUAUGAUAACAUUAAAUUAUUAUUUACAAAAAUUAAUUAUAAAUUUUUUAAAUGAUUCUAUAUAUUUUAUAAUGAAAUAUGAAAAGAAGAAAAUAUACUUUUCUCUUAUAAAUAAUAUGAUGAAUAUAUAUAAUAUGAUAUUUUCUAUAUUUUAUUUAAGAUUAAAUGCAUUUUCUGAUUUUUCAACAAAUAAAUUAAAUACAUAUAUAUAUAAUUGGAACAAAAAAAAUAUAUACUCCUAUGAUGAUACAAAUAUAUUUAAUAUGUUUAAUCAAUUUUCAUUUAUUAAUUAUAGAUAUGGUUGUUCCUAUGAAUUCAUAAAUUAUAUCUUUACGUCUUUCCAUGUUAUCACAAAUUUUUUGGUAAGUAUAAAUGUGAAUACACAAAUGGGUUAUAGAAAAUAUAUAGGUAGAAAAAAAAAUAUAAUUUAUAUAACAGAUGAAUAUAUAAAAAAUAAACAAAAAAAAGUGUAUUUAAAAAAUGGUCGUAGUGAAGAACAUAUAAAAUAUAAUAAUAUAUAUAAUAAAGAAGAAGGAACAAAUGUGUUUGUACCUUUUAAUAAAUUAGAAAAUAAAUUAGAAAUAUAUAUGAGGAAACAAAAAAGAAACAAACGAAAUAUAAAACUAGAAACAAAUAUAUUAAAUAAUAUAUAUAUUGAUAAAAUUUACAUAUAUCGAAUUAUAAAACAAAUACAAAAAAAUGUUAAUAAAAAUGGAGUCUUCAAAAUUGAUGAUAAUUAUCUUGAAGAAAAAUUAGAAAUGCAUAUGGAUAAAUAUUAUUCUUAUAUUAUAAAUAAUAAUAAAACAUAUAUAAAUGAAAAAGAUAAAGAUAAACAAAAGAAAAAAAAAAAAAAACAUAUCAAUUAUGGAUUAAUAAAAAAAAAUAUCUUAUUAAAUCUAAAUAGUAACACUCAACAAAAUAUAAUAAAUCAUUCAAAUAAAUGUAGAAAGAAACUAUGGAGAGAUUUUCUUAAAAAUAAAAAUUACAACAAAGAGAUAUCAAAUAUAAUAUAUAAACAUAGAAGUGCUCAUAAUAUAAUUAAUAAAAUACAUAAAUAUUUAUAUUUCAAUGUAAGUAGUAACCAUAAUAUUAAUAAUAAUAAUUUAUGUUUUAUAAGAAGAUGUGCUAAAAAUAUAAAACUGUUAAAUCAUUGUAAUUAUAUAUUUAAAAAUAGGAAUGAUCAAAAUGUUAUGUGUGACAAUUUUAAAUAUAAUAAUAAUAUGGAACACAAAUUAAUAUUAAAUGAUUAUAUUAAGAGAUAUAAAAGAAUUAUAAAAAAAUAUAAUAAAUUAAAAAAAAUUAAAAGACAAAUAAAAUUUGAAAGAAAUAAUAUGUCAGUUUUUACAAAUGUAGCUUUAAUUAAUAGAAGCUAUAAUAAAUUGUAUACAUCUAUAUGUCCUACAUUUUCUCAUAUUUUAUUUUUAUUAAUAUCUAUAUUAUAUGUUGAAAAUUAUAAUAUUUUAUAUAUAAAGAAAUCUCCAGAUUUUUUUAUGAUCAAUGAUAUAUAUAAUACAUAUUAUAUUUUUUUGCAUAUAUCUAAUAGUAUUAUAUUAUUGUCUUCUUCUCCUUUGAGGACCCAUUUACAUUUUAAUCCGGUUGUUUAUUUAGAUAAAGAAUUUUAUAAACCAAAAAUGACAAAAAUGACAAAAAUGACAACAACGAGAAAAGAGAACAAGAAAGAUGAAAAAGAUAUAGAGAAUAUAUUAUCUGGUGUAAAUAAAAUGAAAAGUAUUAAGUUAAAUAGAAUUAGUUCGAAUGGAAAGAAUAAUAAUUUUUUUGGAGUUGAUAAUAUGUUGGAUCUAUCAGAAGGUAAUAAUAUUAUAAAUAUGAAUAAAAAAGGGAUAAACCAAAAUGAUAUCCUUGACAGUAUUCAUGAGGAUGAUCACAUCGAUGAUCACUUUCAUCAUCACAUCGAUCAUCACUUCCAUCAUCACAUCGAUCAUCACUUCCAUCAUCACGUCGAUGAUAAUUAUAACAAUCAGACUGAUUUGUUUUAUAAUAAUAAAAACUGUUCAUUGGAGCAUCACAAAAUAUAUGCAAUUUAUUUAGAUACUCUUUUAAAUUUUUCUUGUAUGAAUAUAUUAUUAAUAACAAGAAGAAAACAUAAUAAGAAAAUCAAAAUGAAGAGAAAUAAAUAUAUUUAUAUAUUUUGUACUAUUAUUGAGAAUUUAUUACAGAAUUGUAUCUUUUAUAUAGAUUUAUAUAAUAGUAGUAAAUGUAAGAGUAAUAUAUUAGAUAUGGAUGAUAUAUAUAUAAGAUUAAAUAAAUAUUGUAAAGAUAAUAAUAUGAUAGAAUAUUAUGAUUCAAUGAAACAGAGUUUAAUAUAUCAUUAUUUUUAUAAAUAUUAUAUUGUAGAUGAAUAUAUUAAUAAUUUCUCUAUACAACGAAAUGAAUUAUAUAAUUUAGAAAAAUGUUCAUUGAAUAUAUUUUAUUUUUCAAUGAAUAUUUUAUUAACAAUAUUUAAUUCAGAUAUAUCUAUACAUUUAGAAAGAUCGUUAUAUAAUAUAAAUUAUUUUCAUCAUACAAAUUUAUAUUAUGAUAUUAUAAUGAAUAAUAUAAAGAAAACUAUUACAUAUAUAUAUGAUAGUAAUAAAUCAUCUUUUAAUUCUAUUGUUACUUGUGUGCUUUAUUAUCUCAACAUAUAUAGGAAAAACAAAAAAAAAAAAAAAUUAACUAUAAAAAAUAAUGACAAAAAUCAAAAAGAUAAUAUUAAAGCUUUACAUUUAUUCACUAAGGAUAUAAAAGAUGAUGAUGUUAAAAAUAAUAUUGAAGCUGAGGAAGAUAAAAGAAAGAAAAAUAUUAUGAAUGCACAUACAUCUGGAUUUUCUUUAAAAAAAACUAUUUUUCAAACACUACAAAAUGUGAUGGGUUCAUCAAAUAAUUAUAAUAAGAAUGAAGUUAUUGAUAUAGAUGGUGAACAAAAAAAUGUACUAGAAAUAAAAACAAAAUAUGAAAAAAAUGAAAAUAAAAAAAAAAGAAAUAACCCAAAUAAUCAUUUUAAUGAUCAUUUUAUUGAUCAUUUUAAUCAUCUUAAAUAUGAAAAAAAAUAUCGAAAAAAAAUUAUUAGUUCUAUUAUAUAUGAUAUGAUUUUUCCUUAUUUAGAUCUAACCAAUAUAAGAAUUCAAAAUAAAAUACAAAGAAGAAAUCAUAGUAUAAAUAGUUUAAUAAAUAUUUGUUAUUCUGUAUUAUUUCAUAAUUUUUUAUUUAUUAAAUCAGUAUAUCCAUUCGACAUGUUAACAAAAGAAAAAGCAGAAGAAGAAUUAGAAGAAAAAAAAAUUAAAGUAACUAAAUAUAAUUAUGAUAUAUUUAAUAUGAAAAUGUUCAAUAUCAAAGCAGUCGAAUUAUUUUUAUCAUUAUAUAUUCAUAAGUAUAUGCAUAAUAUAUGUUUAGAUAUAAAAAAGUUGGUUGAUUAUAAUAUGUAUAUGAAUCAUUUCUUUUGGGUAUUUAAAAAAUCUAAUAUAUCCAUAUGUCAUAAUGAUUAUAUAUAUUUAAAUUAUAAAUUUAAUAAUUUGUAUUACACCUUUAAUGAUUACAAUGUCUUGCAGUUCUUGAUAAAUUUUAAGAGAUCCAAGAGUGAAGGAAAAGAAUUUAUGAUGUCGUUUGUUAAAAUAUUUGAAGAAAAGAUAUGUCUAGAAGACGAAAUAGGACUAGACUAUAUAGACCCUCUUAUUUUUAAUAUUUUCCUUGAUUAUAUGAAGGAUGUAUAUAUGACCGAUGAAUAUUAUUUUGUGUGCUUCUAUGAAUAUACAAAAAAUGCAUACAACGAAAAGAACGAAAAAAUAUUUAGCCUUGAUGACUGUGAUUGUUAUAUGGAUGAACUCAAUGAAUUGAACCCCUAUCUCAUAAAAAUGGAUACAAAAAAAAAAUUAAAUGAUGAUAUAUAUAUGACUUAUUUAAGAUUGGUUCUUAAAGAAAAUAUAAAUUAUAAAGAAUUAUGUGAUGAUAAAUUUGAUGAAAAAUGUGGAUAUAUAUAUAUAGACGAAUUAAGAAAUGGCAAAAAAAAUGUUGCUAUUGAUGAAAGAAGCGAAAAUAAAAUAUUUUAUAAUAAAUACAAAUUAAUAAAUAAGAAAAAGGUAUGGAAUAUAAAAGAAAAAAUAAGAUUAAUAUUAAAUAAUGAUCCUAGUAGAUUUAAAAAGUUUUAUAUAUAUUAUAAAAAGAGAAUAAAUUUAGAAGAUAAAUAUUAUUCAGAAUGUGUAUUAUCAGAAUAUUUAUUAUUAAAUAUAAAAAAUAAUAAAUUGAUUGAAAAUGAAUUAUAUAAUAAUGAUUUGUAUAGGAUGUAUUAUUAUAUUAAAUUUUUAUAUUUAUAUGAUAUAUUAAAGCAUACAGAUAUAUUAUUAAAUUUUUUAAUUUAUAUAUAUUAUAAAUAUUUUUAUUAUCAUUCUAAAGGUAUUGAUCAAAACUUUUUACAUUUUAUUCAUUUAUUUUUAAGUAUACAUGAAGAAUCAUAUAACAAUAGUCUUACUACAAUUGAAGGAAGUAAAACAAAAGAAAAUAAUUUAGAUAAUACAUUUCAGAAGGAUAUAUUUGUAAGAAAUUUAUUUGUUUCUAUAGAUGAAUGUAAGAAUAAGAAAUUAGAAAAUAAUAAAAAAAAUUAUAUUAAUAAUAUUAUAAAUGAUGAUACACUUUUAAAAGGCCAUAUUAAUAAAAAAAAUGAAAUAAAUGAAAUAAUUGAUGAUAAAAAAUGUGUGAAUAUAAAACAAUAUAUGAUUAAAGAUAAAUCAUUAUAUAAUAAUGAAGAAUGUAGUAGAAAUGAUGAUAAUAAUAAUAAUAAUAAUAUAUAUAAAGAUCCAAAUAAUUAUUAUUUAGUAUUAUUAAAUUCUCAAAAUAGAUAUGUACAAAUAUUAUUUUAUAAAGUCUUAUGUAACUUUAUAAAAUGCAAGGCACAAACAUUGAAUGCUAAGAAUUUAUUUAAAAACGUAAACUUUUAUUUAUCAUCAUUUGUUAUAUAUUCAUUUCUUAAUACAUAUAAUGAGUAUGAUAAUUUAUAUUACAAAGCUUUAAAUUAUAAAUACUCCUUUUAUGAUUUUAGAACGCUUAAAAAAAAUAUUAAGUUAUGUAUAUAUUUAAAAAAUUUAUAUUUAAAGCAUGAUAUAUUUAAUAGUGAUAUAUUAAAUUUUUUGAAUAUUGAAGGAUAUAAAAAUAAAAAAGCAAAAAAAAAUAAAUCAACAUUAAAUGAUAAAAUAAAAACUACAUAUACUUAUGAUAAUAUUAAAUAUGAUCAAGGGGUAUGUAACAUAUAUAACGGGAAAAAUGAAGUGCCACAUGACAUAGUAAAUAAGCACAACAAUAAUAGUGCAAAUUCAAAAAUAAAUAUAUAUACAAACAAAUAUUCAAAUAAUUAUGAUCAGCUGGAUAAUAUCAAAGAACAUCAUGCUGUGUUAUAUAAAAAUAAUGACAAAUUAAAUUAUAAACGUUCAUUUGAUGAAAGUUACGUUAUAAAUAAUACAGACGUGGUUAUUAAAAAAUAUAAACUCAAUAAUAUUGAUGAAGUUGUUGAUAAAUAUAAUGAUUAUGAAAAUAUCUCAGAAGGCUCUGUAGCUGUCGAAGGAGACAGAGAUAAAAUUAAAACAACAAAGAAUUAUAAAAAUUCUCCUGAUGAUAAAGAAGAAUGUAAUAAAAAUUUUAGUGUGUAUGAUAUGAAUAAUAAACCAUAUGCAAAAAUCAAAAUAGAAAUGGAACAUUCUAAUGAUUAUAAUAAUGUAGGAGAUGAUUAUCUAUUAAAUGAUGUAUCUCAUGUAGAAAGAUGUAAUAAGCAAAAUAAAGAAGAAACUAAUAAUAUAAAAAAUAAAAACUAUUUUUUUGAUAAUAAAAAUUAUAUGAAUAUAAAAAAAGAAGUUUAUAGCGAUGAAGAUACAAUUGAUUCUAUAGAUUCAUUGAAACAAGCAGAAAUAUUUAAAAACAAGUUUUAUAAAAGUCGAAAAAUAAAAAAGGUUUCUAAGAAAUAUUAUAUUAAUAUUUUAAAUUAUCAUUUAAAAAAUAAAGUACAUGGAUAUUCAAUUAAAUCUUUAGAUAGUUUAAAAUUAGAUGAUAAGUCUAUAUAUUUAAUAUUUUUAUUUCUAGGAAAUAUUUUUACUGUUUUAUACAAUUCAUUAUUACCAUAUUGUCAAAUGCAAGAUAUAUAUAAAAUGAAAAAAAAAGAAAAUCAAAAAAUUAUAAUAAAUAUAGAGGAAAAUGAAUCAAAUGAUGCUGCAUAUAAAAUAACAACAGAUAGUAAUAGUACUAUUACUAAUAAUAAUAAUAAUAAUAAUAAUAAUAAUAAUAAAAAUAAUAAUAAUAUUAGUAGUUGUAGUAGUAGUGUUAUAUGUAGUAGGACUAAUGUUUCUAGUAAUAAUUAUACAUAUGAAGAGCUGUUAUUAAAUUUUAUGCUCAUAUCAUUAUGUUAUUAUUCUGACAGUUUAAUAUUUUUAAGUUAUAAUAUUGUUCAUUGGGAUAACCAGUCUGAGGAUAUGGAUACAGGAGGGGAUGAGGAAGAAAAGCACAAAAGGGAUGGUAAUGAAAAAGGAGAUAAAUUAAAUGUAGAUGUUGAAAAAGAUGAUGAUUUAAAUGAUGACAUAAAAGAUAAUAUAAAAGAUAAUAUGAACAAAAAUGUAAACGUUGAUAUAAAUCAUAAUGUAAACGUUGAUAUAAAUCAUAAUGGAAACGUUCAUAUAAAUCAUAAUGGAAACGUUCAUAUAAAUGUUGAUGAAGAAAAAAAUGGUUAUAUAAACCAUAUUGACAAUUAUAGCGAUAAUGAUCAUGAGAAUAAUAGUAGACAAGGUAGAAGUAAUUUAUUAAAUGGAAAUAUUUCUUAUUGUGUUAAAAAAGAUUUAGGAGUUAUAAAAAAAGAUAAUUCUUUAUCAUCAUGUGAAAAUUCUAAUAAUAAUAUGACAUAUAAAAAAUGUAGAAAAUUAUCAAACGAUGAUAUAAAUGAUUGUGUAAUAAAACCAUCUUAUGUUAAUACUAAUAAUUAUUAUAAUUUUCGAAAAAAAGCAGAAGAUAUAUUUAAUAAUGAAAAAGAAUGUGCUAAGAUGAUAAUUCCUUUAUAUAAAUUAUUAGUAACAAGAUUAAAGAUUUGUUUGUAUUAUCCACAUUAUUUUUUCUUAGCAUGUUUAUUUAGUUACAAAUAUGAUACGAAUUUAUCUAAUACAUUAUUAAAUUAUAUUAAACAAAAGGAUUUUUUAAAACAAGGAAAUAUUAAUUAUAUAUUUGAAUCAAGAGAAAAAAAAAGAAAAAGAAAAGAAAAUAAACAUUUCGAAAUGAAUUAUUCUUAUAAGGAUAAUAUAAAUAAUAAUAUGGAAAAUAAUAAUAUAUAUUAUUGUAAUGAUAAUAAAUUAUACCAAACAAAAUUUAAUAAUUUUAUAAAUAUAAAUGUAAAUGAUCAAAAAAAAGAUAUUAAGCAUAAUUAUGUAUGUGAUAAUUUAUAUAAGAAUAAAGAGAAUAAUAUAAAUUAUAAAGAUAAUGAAAAUAUUUUAUUUUGUUUAAUGAGAAAAUUAAAAAAUACUUGUGAUAGUUUUAAUAAUAAUGUAGUAUCAUGUAAAAAUACCAUAUUGAAAAGUAACAAUAAUAUUAUUACUGAUGAUAUAUAUAUUGGUAAUAAUAACAAGAUAAAUUUUGAAUAUAUAAAAAAUGAUCCUACUCAAAAAAAUGACAAUAAUAAUAAUAAUGAUAAUAUGAAUGAAAAUAUAUAUGAAAGUAACAAAUUGUAUGUAAAUUAUUAUUGUGAUUAUCAUGAUGAAAAUUAUAUUUUAAAAACAAAAGAUUAUUGUCAAAACUCAAAUAAUAUCACUUCACUACAUAAAAAUAUUGUUCAUAAUAAUUUAGAUGUAGAAGAAAAAGAAAAUAAUUGUAGAACAACAGAUGGAACAAAUAAUAAUAAUAAUAAUAAUAAUAAUGUGCUUGAUUCUAUAAAUGUGGAACAUAGGAAUUGUUUCUAUUUUGAAGAAUUGGAAAAAAAAAUAGAAGAUAAUCAAAUGAAUUUUUUAAAUUAUAAUAUUAAUAAUUUAAAGGUUCGAAUCAAAAAUAUAGAAAUUAGUUAUGAAGAUGUUAUUAAUGAUAUUAUUGAAGGUUUACAAAAUAUUUCUGAAAAUAAAUUGUGUAGUAAUUAUAAUUCACAAGCUGCUUAUCAUAUAUGUGUAUAUUAUUUUAUGAGAAAAAAUUAUUCCAAAUGUAUAUAUUAUAUGAAAAUAUUUAUUAACAAAGGAAUAUUUAAAAUAUGGUUAAAUGAAACAUAUAAUAAUGAUUAUUAUAAUUUAUAUUGUAAAAGAAUUAGAAGAACUGAAUUCUCUAUGAUAAAAUAUUCUACCAUUUUGUUGGAGCUAAGUAAAAAUAUUCUAAAGAAAUUAUUAGCAAAAAUUAAUUUGGCCUUAUCUAGAGAAAAGAAAAAAAGAAUAGAAGAUUUAUUUAAUAAUAAAAUAGAUGGUGAAAUUAAAAAGUUUUUAUUAUUAUCAAAAAAUGUGCACCAAAAAACUGUAAAUAAUAGACAUAUAAAUAAUGACAACAAUAAUUGUAGUGAUAAAUUAAAUGUCAUAAAUACAAAUGUAUGUAAUAAUAAUGAUAUUAAUUUAAAUUAUAAGUUGGAAACACAAAGGGAUUUUGCACAAAAUAUUUAUAAAGAAAAAGAUAUAAUAAUAAUAGACGAACAUAAUAAUAAUAUCGUUGACGGACCUUAUAAUGAUAUAAAUAAAAAUGAGGAAGAUACUGAUAAAAAAAAUAUACUUGAUCAUACAAAUAUUGUAAUAGAUGAAUGUAUAAAAGAUCAAUAUAAGGGUAUGAAUCUGAAUGAUAAGCACAAUACAAUAUUAGUAAAUACAACAACAACUACUACAAAUAGUAACAAUAAUAAUAAUAAUAAUAGUAGUAGUAGUAAUAAUAAUAAUAAUUACUAUAAUUAUUAUCAUAAUAGUAAUAACUGUGUAGUUGAUCAAACCGAAGAAGAAAUACCUAUAAAUGAAAACAAGUGGAUCUUUUUAGGAUAUGAACAUUUAGAACAUUUAAAUGAUGUUUAUGAUAUUUUAAAAAUAUUAUUCGAAUCAUAUACAUAUAUUGGUAAGAAUUUAAAAAGAUUCAAUGAUGUAGAUGCCCUGGAAGAAGUUACAUGUAUGCAUGGAUCAAAUUUAUCAAUUCAUAAUAUACUUUUUAAAAUGAUCACUGAUCAUUUAUGUUUUAUAUUCGAGGUCUUAUGUUAUUUUACUCCUUACGUUUUAAUAUAUCCCCUGAUUUUAUUAUUUACCCGGCGUACAAUAAUGAGUAUUAAAUCUGAUAAUAUUAAUAAUAAUAAUAAUAAUAAUAUUAAUAAUAUUAAUAAUAAUAAUAAUAAUAUUAUUAUAAUAGAUGAGGAUAACAAUAUUGUCAUUAAUGACGAUAAUAGUAAUAAUCAUAUGGAUGAUAAAAACAAAAUUAAAAAGAACACAACAAUAAAUAAUAAUAAUAAUAAUAAUAAUAAUAAUAAUAAUAAUAAUAAUAAUAAUAAUAAUAAUAAUAAUAAUAAUAACAAUAAUAAUAACAAUAAUAAUAAUAAUAAUAAUAAUAAUAAUAAUAAUAAUAAUAAUUAUAAUAAUUAUAAUAAUAAUAAUAAUAAUAAUAAUAAUAAUUAUAAUAAUAAUAAUAAUAAUAAUAGUAGUAGUAGUAGUAGUAGUAACGUAAAAGAAUAUAUUAAAGAUACAAUCAUGUACCUCAGAGAAGCAUAUGUAAACGAUGAAUUAAUAUAUGAAAAAUCCACAGCAUGUAUGGAUUUAAGAAUUUUAAAAUUAUUUAGAGAAUUUCUAGCCAAUAAAACCGUUCCUCUACCAUCUAAUUUAUUAUCUAGAAUGCAAAAUGUAUAUUUAAUUAUAUGCAAAAAGUUAUUGUAUUACCAAAAAAGUCAAAAGGAUAUAGUAAAAAAUAUUAAUAAUAAUAUGAACAUAGGAAAUAAAAAGAAAAAAGAAAGUGUUAUAAAAUUUGUUGAUAAUGUUUUUCUUAAUGGGAACAAAACAAUUCUUUCUUCUUUCCUAAAUGAUUUUCAAAACAUGCAAUUAUUAAAAUGUAAUAAUUAUCUUAAUUGUGAGGAUAUAAAAAUUUUAACUAACAAACUUGUAUAUAAUUCUGUAUAUACAGAUAUAAAUAAGAACAACAACUUCAUGCGAAUAGAUCAAAAUACAAAAGAAGAUGAAAAUAAAAAUACUAUGGAUAAUGUAUAUAUUAAUAAUAUUUUCGAUAGAAUUAAAAAUGAUUUAUAUAUAGACAACUUUAUUACAUAUGGAAAUACAAUUAAUACUCAAGAAGGAAGUGAACAAAUACAUAAUACUGAUGAUAAUCAUCAUAAUAAUGAAAAAAAUAAAGAAAAUAAUGUAUUUAAAAAUAAUUUAUAUUAUAUCAAAAUGAAUAAUAAGAAGAAUAUAUGCUUAUAUGAUGAUUAUGAUAUUUUCAAUAAUUUAAAAACUAAAAAUGAAGCUCUUAAUUGUGUAAAUGCUAUUGUAACAGAUAUGAAUUCUUCAGCUAAAAAGAAUGACAACGCAAAUUUUAAGAAAAGAAAAACAAUUGAUUCAUCUCUCAAUGAAGUUAGAAAUUCGAUACGUGAGAGGGACUUACGAAGGCUUAAUAGAGAAAAGAGUAAAAUAUUAUAA